GCAGAGAGGUGACAAAAUCAACAAGGCGAGGCUGACCGCAGCGCUCCUCGGCUCCGGCAGCUCCGCACGCAGCCUCCGGCUGCUGCAACAAGGCCGAGCCUCCACGAGCAGCCUUUGCUCCUCCAGCUCCGAGAGACACCAGAGGCACCUCGCCGCCCUCCCCGGUGCUCGUCGUGCUCCUCUCCAGAGCAGACCCGUGCACGUGGCACGGCCUCGUGAGAUUUGCUGCAGCCUGAAGGCCACGAGCCGAGAGGCGACCGAGGAGCGUGGGCAGCCCCAGGCGGAGAUGUGCAGCCUGCCCGGGGUUCUCCUGCUCCUCCUGACAGGAGCCGCCUCUGUGGAGGAGCCACAGAUCCAGCAGAGCCCGGCAGAGCUCUGGCUGUCCCCUGGGGCAACGGCCGAGCUGAACUGCAGCAUCUCGGGCAGCCCACGGCGUGCCAAUUGGUACAGGGAGAAGCCGGACGGAAGCUUGGAAUGGAUUUACUGGAGCGCAGCGGCCUCGAAACCAAACGGGAAAUACUCAGGGAUGAUGAGAGCAUGGGGUAUUUUCUCCUUGAGUAUCAGCAAUGUGCAGCGUGAGGACUCUGGGUAUUAUUACUGCACCUCCUCAGUGUUGCACUCCCAGUUUGGGAACGGGACCAGGCUCCUCGUCACAGAUGCCUCCGAGCCCAAGGUCUCAAUCCUGGUGCCCGUGGACACGGAGGAGCCCUCGGACUUUGUCCCCCUGCAGUGCCACCUCCCUGGCUCCUGGAACCUCACCUGGGUCUCAGCCGAGCGCUGGGACGGGGCCAUGAAUUGCACGGCCACGGAGCGCGGCACGGGCAGGAUCGUCAGCGAGACCAUCGGCACGGCAGGAUGCUUCCUGUGGCUGCUGGCCUUCGUGCCGCCCGGCGCCGCCGUCCUCGCCUUGAUGUGGUGGGCAGCCCGGCUGCGCCGAAGGCCGGCCCGCGCGGUGCUGAGACGGGGCCCGGAGCCCGAGUGCGAGUACGCGGCGCUGGGGCACUGAGAAGCCCUUUCCCCGCGCCCGCCCUGCCAGAAGCCGCUCACGCCUGCGGUCUGCGAGCAGCGAAAACAAGAGAGGAAAGGGAAAGUGGUGGGAUCCUGCGCUCUGCUGCAUUUCCCUGCUGGGCUGCAUGGCAGAGGGGGAGGAGG